AGCUCUACGCAUCUGGACUUAAUAGUUGCAUAGAGACAAAACUGUAAUGGGAAGCCAUGAGAAUUGGGUAUCGUCUCGGUGAUGUGAUCAUGCAAAACAAAUGAUGGCGAUAACACCAAGCUCCAACGAAACCCACCAAAAAACUGUGAACGACAACAAUCCGCAUAUUCCUAGGUUGACCAAAGUUUCAUGUUUCAGCCAACCCACCAUGAUUUGCACACCCUAUCAGAUUGUCAUAUAAACUGAACUUGACUAUGAACCAUCAAUUUUUGGAACGAGUUGAAGAGCUUUUGGGACUGAUUAAGUGUUGGAGGAGGAUUGAUUUGAUUCAAUCCAAUGUUUAAGAAAAUACCAGAGAGAUGGAAGGAGUUAAGUGGGCAGAACAACUGGAAGAACCUCCUGGACCCUCUCGACCUCGACCUGAGGCGGUACAUCAUCCACUAUGGCGAGCGGGCCUCAGCGACUUAUGACACCUUCAAUGACCAGGUCAAGUCCAAGUACGCCGGCGACAGCCGGUACGGCAUGAAAGAUCUGUUCUCAAAGGUUGGCCUGUCGAUCGCCAACCCUUUCAAGUACACUGCCACCAAGUACUUGUACGCGACGUCUUCGAUCAAGGUCGGCGAAUGUUUUCUGCUGAGGUCCCUGUCCAGGGAGGCCUGGAACAAGGAGUCAAACUGGAUGGGGUAUGUUGCGGUGGCGACUGACGAAGGCAAGGUCGCGCUCGGACGUAGGGAUAUAUUGAUUGCGUGGAGAGGUACUAUUCAGAUCCUGGAAUGGGCUAGCGAUUUCAAUUUUCCGUUGACGCCUGCUACAAAGAUACUGGGGGACACAGACUCCAAUGCAGACGCAGCUGCAGAUGCAGCCGGAGAUGAUGCUGAUAAUAUCAUUCCUAAAGUGCACAGCGGGUUCCUUUCCGUCUAUACCUCGGAUGAUCCUCGCUCAGAGUUCAAUAAAUCUAGUGCCAGGGACCAGGUCCUGACGGAAGUGCAGCGGCUGGUUGACCAAUACAAGGACGAGGAAAUCAGCAUAACUAUCACAGGCCACAGCCUAGGAGCGUCGCUUGCAUCGCUCAGCGCAGUCGACAUUGCCUGGAACGGCUACAACAAGCCGUGUGUCAUCCAAUCACAGCAACCCUGCCCCGUGACUGCCUUUGCCUUUGCGAGCCCCCGCGUGGGAAAUCUCAAAUUCUGCAAUAUCGCCAACUCCAUCCCAAGCCUGCGUCUCCUGCGCAUCACCAACUUGCCCGACAUAGUCCCGAAGGUCCCAGUGGCAGGGUACUACUCCGACCUUGGACAAGAGCUGCUGAUCAACAAUCAACUGUCCAAGUACAUGAAGUACCCUGGGAAUACUUCGAGUUGGCAUGCGGUAGAGGGGUAUUUGCACGGCGUGGCAGGCACGCAAGGGAAGAAAGGAGGAUUCAAGCUGGAAGUGAAGAGGGACGUGGCGCUGGUGAACAAGCACCAUACGUUCCUUAGGGACGAGUAUCUGGUGCCAGACUCGUGGUGGGUGAUGAAGAACAAAGGGAUGGUUCAGAACGAGGACGGCUCAUGGCAGCUGGAGGAUCAUGAGAAGGACGAUGAUUCAUCCGAUGAUGAGUCUUGAUCCCGUGAUCCUCCAACCAUUCGACGUUGUCGUGGCCGGAGAUGAAUCUCUUGAACCCAGGCAAGCUAAGUGCCUGAUUGACUGCAGAGAGUUAGGUCCGGGACAUCUAUCCUAAUUUCUACUAGGGCGGGGUUUGCGAGCUGUGUCAAGAUAGUUGAUAAUACAAUAAGGGGACUCUUGGUGAAGAAUUGCAAUCAUGCGUGGAGAAAAUUGGUGAUUGCAGACUAUGCCUAUCUAUAUGGCGUUCAAUCAUCAAUCUCUUGUCCGUUGAUAUAUCCACAGACAAAAUCCUUGUACUUUGACAUCGGCUAAAAAUUCUCACUAACCUAUCCCUAUCUACAUUCCAAGUGGAGAACUUCGUGUGUAGAGAGGAUAUUAGCCA